AUGGCGAACAGCAAAUUCGAAUACGUGCGCGGGUUCGAGCAGCCCGACAAUCUAAUUCCCAACACCUGGAUUGUAGUACGGAUAGACGGACGUGGCUUUUCCAAGUUCACGUCCAAAUAUGAGUUCCUCAAGCCAAACGACAAGAAUGGCCUUGAUGUCAUGAAUGCUGCCGCCGUAGCGGUCAUGAAGGAACUGCCCGACCUUGUCCUUGCAUUUGGCAACAGCGACGAAUACAGGACUGCGCCUUAUUCGAACGACGAGCCAGGUCAUAUCAACAAUCUGUACAACACCACUUUCUGGACCCUUGUUCAGCAGGGUGGCAUGGGAGCGCGAGAAGCAGAGCAAAGACUCAAAGGCACAGUGUCAUCCGACAAGAACGAGAUCUUGUUCAAGGAGUUCGGAAUCAACUACAACAACGAACCAGAGUGCUUCAAGAAAGGCACGGUGCUGUACCGAGACUUCUUCCCUACCCCGCCGACCGAGCAAUUGUCGUCACCCGUGCUGUCGGACUUCCCAACGCCACCGAUCGCUCAGCCAACACCAAAGCGAGCGUCCAAUCACCAGGCAUCACAGUCUAUUGAGAGGUCUAUCCCUUAUCUACCGGAUAAGAAGGAGAUGAUGGAGAAUCCAGGUCUAUGCAGACGUCCUACCUUUCUCUCCACAACAUCAACGCCAUCACCGCCGCCAUCGCCACCUACGAUUUCGAGAUCAGCAUUCCCCAACCCACUCAGGUCCAAUCCGAUUGGCUCCGAUGGUGAGGGUAAUAUGCCAGUGAAGCCCCCGUCUAUACCACUGCGAAUAUCCAGCAUUCCUGCCAACAGCAAGCCGCGGAAGCUGUCUUUACCAGUCCAUCGAUCAACGUCAACACUCAAAGCUACGAGAGAUACUUUGGAUGAGAAGGAGAGCAUCGUUACCCCCGGAGAUGCGACAUCGACGCCGCCCCGCAAAGUCAGCCCGCCGAUCCAAAAGAACAAGGCUCUGCCCAGUCCGCCAAUGAGCGCAGAAGAGGAGAUGCGCACGCGAGAGAAGGUCAAGGGAAACAGCCCAUGGCAAGACUGGAGCAAGUACGCUAUCAACGGCAGCGAGUCGCCUCAGCGAAGGCCAAGCGACUCAGACAACAGAGCGGGUCAAGGCUGGGGUACGCAAGACCACAUCUCCCACCCAGGUAUUGCAGAACUCCACGCCUUUUCCACACCAACACAGUCUGCGCCUACAUCAGCAACCCUACCAUACCCUCAUUCAGGCCCCGAUCUCCACACCCUAAUAUCCUCAACAUCCGCUGCAGGGCCAAGUUCCCAAGCCUUUCCCACCAGUCGCCCGUCCACCAGCAGUCGCAACAAAGACACCAGCACACCCAAACCCUCCAAGUCCAACUCUUCAAAGGCCAGGCCGGAUAAAGGCAAACAACCACAAUCGGAAACGAAUAGUAAGGCUGCAGCUACUGCGCCUCAACAGGCGAACGAAGGAUGGCCCGUACCCAUGAGUCGUACGCAGAGGGAUAAAGACAAGAAGAAGCGGAGUAAGGCGAUGGUGCUGAUGGAGCACGUGGAUAUCAUCAAGGACGAUUUUUGGGAGAAGAGGCCCUGGAUUCUGAGUGGGAAGACGGGUUGA